GCGCCAUGGUGGACACAGGGGAGAAGGUGGAGUACAAACUUCAGGGAACGAUUUUGCGGGUGAAAAAGGCCAAUGGCGAUGUCUCUUCAGUUGUGGCCGGAAAGAGUGUGGUGCUGAAGUCUGUCACUGAGGACCCUACGGGAGGCAGCAAACGCUCAACCAAGGCAAAUUGGUCCACUCCGCACCACAGCAGUGGAGAGGAGGGCAGCCGCAGCCGCCGGCCCUUCCGAGAGAAGCCACGGCGGAGACAUGAGGCGGGGUCCCACGGAAGAAGUGGCCUGGAUUCGGACUAUCGCAUGAGCUUGCCGAGAGAGACAAGGGAGACCAGUCAGACCAGGGAGGACAGGGAGAGAGAAACUAAGGAGACUUGGGAAACCUUCGAGACCUUGGGGAGCGGCCCAGAGUCAGGAGAGUUCGCAACCUUCCCAGAUCACCACGAGCAUGGCAGAGAGCAUGGGAUGGCACCAGAUGGGCUGCGACAGGCAGCGCAAGGGCUGCAAGAGCCCCAAGGGGAAGUUGGUGCCGCCAGGGGAGUUCGUUCAAAGGAGAUGGACAGCCCUGAGCAUCCUGAGCUUAACAUGGUAGCCAUGAGGCCAGCGAAUGGGGGCAAUGGGGGCAACGGGGCCAACAGGGCCAACGGGGUCAACAUGCCAGUGCAGCCACAAGUGCAACAAGUGCAACAAGUGCAACAAGUGCAACAAGUGCAACAAGUGCCUCAUGUGCAUCAUGUGCACCACGUGCAACAACUGCAAGAAGCGCCACAAGUGCAAGACGUGCCACAGGUGCCAGGUGUUGUUGAGACAGACUUUGCGGACGCUCCUGCCAGGCCGCAUGUCCAAAUUAUGGAGUCUGUGGACACGGAGAACUUGGACCUUGAUGAGAUCCUCGGCUCCAAGACAGGCUCCAAGUCAUCACCUGUUCGCAACAGCUUCACAGAUAGUGGUUGGGAAAAGUCCGUAGUGAGGAUUUUGGAGCUGCUGGAGACACACUCCAAGUUCAAGAAAACCGCCUUUCGUUCACGGCGCAGGUUCUUCAACAACUUGUUCUUGUCUGGACGAUUGGCCAUGUGGAUGGUUAUCUUAUCAGGGCCAGUGAUUGUGUGGCCAGUGGCCGAGUAUUUCAACAGCCUGGGGGAGCGAAGUAGCAAAUAUAUGGCCAGUUAUGGUAUGGCCAUGUCCAACUUUUGCUUCUUGCUCUCUCCCAACGUGGGCAUGGGAAUUCGCUAUGCCCUUGAGGGUGUCAUUGGAACACUGUUGGCCCUCGGCAACAUGCUGCUGCUGAACCGGGCCUUCGGAACCUGGAUGCAGGGGGGUGCCUAUGCCACCAGGGAGGAGUUCGUUGAUCCCAACGUCGCGGAUCCGAUCUACCGAUCCGAGUGGCUUCCUCUGUGCAACUUGGGCAAUGGCGCUCGGUUUAUCACCACGAACUCCACCCAGGAAUUCCUACAGCAAUGCUUCAUGAACGUGCACUGGUCUUCCAUGACAGAUGGUGGGAUCCGUUCUGCCAUUGUCUUGCUUGACCUAGCUCUCUUCACUGCGGUCUUCCUUGGGGUUGGCUUCGGUGCUUCCACUCGCAUUUAUGCCUUGACCUAUCUGACCUUUUGGCUGAUGCUCUUCGUGAAUCCCAGCUCCGAUGCCUACAUGGAAAAUCCCUCUGACCCAUGGACCCAGUCCAUUAUGACCUGUAUUGGCUGUUUCUUGGCGGUGGUGGGUCAGUUCCUGCCCUGUCCCAACACGGCGCUGGGCAACGCCACGAAGCUCGGCGGGGAGCUGACGCAGUCCAUCGCUGCCAUCCUGGAGAGUCUGCCGUUUGCGCCUCGACAGGAGAUCCGGGUGCCACUGGAGUCCGCCCUAGAGGCACCGCAGCUCUGGCUGUCAGACCUGGCCGGUCUCUGCGGAGCUGCCUGGUUCGAGGACCUGGGCGUGUUGCCGUACCGCACGCGGCGGCGCCAGAAGCUCGAGCAGUACGUGGAGCUCCUGGGCUCCCUGCUGCAGCACAUGACGUUGGCCUCACGUCUGGGCGCCGCGCUCACGGACGAAGAGUUGGUGAAGAUUGAGGAGAAGUUACCGGCGCUGGUGGACGUCUGUGCUCACGCUGCCAGGGCCCUUCCGCCAACGACGAAGAUUUCCUUGGACGAAGAUGUGCUGGAGGAUUUGCAGAGGGCCAUGAAAGACCUGGAAGAGGAAUUCUCCGCGGCGGUGGGCGCGUUUUCGCUCACUGGACCCAUUCUGAGCUUCACCCUGGCCAUCAUCUCUAUAGCCUCAGGUGCCGUUGAGCGAGUGAAGGUUCUGGAGAAGUGGGUGCCGCCCGCCGAGUCGGGGCUCUGCAAGAUUUGCAGGUGGUUCUCGGAACUCUUCCGGCGGCUUGAGCUUCCACAAACCAGAAGCAAUCCAUCGCACAAACUCUUCGUAUUUCGAAGCACUUUGGCCAUGGUUCUCAGCUUUCUCUUUGGCUGGGUGGGGCUGGAGAGAGCCAUGGUGUGCUACAGCUUUGGUGCUGUGGUGACGGUCUCGGUGGUCGUGGCCAACACUGGUCAAGCAGGCUUUUCCUUGGGACUCAUCAUGACGCGCUUGAAUAGUGCAGUGAUAGGCACCGUGAUUGGUCAAGCAGUCCAACAGGUCCUCGCUGUUCAAACGGUCUUUCAUGCAUCUCUCUUCGCGAUCUUCAUCUGGUGCUACAGUGUUUUUCUCAUCUUUCAGAUCCUGCAUUCACCAGAUCACGCUUCCACGGCGUUGCCUGUUCUGGCCAUUGGCAUUGGUGGCUUGGUUCCGUGGACCGGGGUCUUCCGUGUGUACAACGCGCAGAUCGAGCCCUCAGCUGAGAUCUCGCUGGCGGCCAGUGUGAAGUCGGCGGUCUUUGGGGGUGGCAUCAUGCUGGUCAUCGAUCUCUUCCUCUACUCCAGUGCCCGAGGUAUCUGUGAAGCUGAGUUGAGGAAAGCGUUUCAGAAGUCUGAGGGCUUGCUGUUGCGGGUCAUGGGCUUGCGCGCCAGCACUUCUGCGGCCAACGCCGAUGGAUCCUCCAAUGAGGAGACGCGGGUGCUGAUGCAUUUGGAUCAGGUGGCUUCGCUCAUACCCAUGGCCAAAAAGGAGCCGGCACCACGUGGCAUCGAGUUUCCCGUGAUGCUCUUCAGCACAGUGGAGCAAUCGCUGCGUAUCAUUGCUAUUGAACUUGGAACCCUCGAAUGGAUGCUGGAAGUAUCCUCCAACACUGCCCUGGUCGGGCAGGAAGAGUUGGGUCCCCUGUUGACGGAGAUCGAGGGCUUUCUCAGUAAAAUCCUGAACUCAUCCUUGGUGAUGUUCGAUGACAUCUGCAAGCGAAAAUUCCUCAUUGCUGGCACCUCCGAAAUGACCGUCGCCAGCACUAUCCGCAGGGACAUUUUGGCCAAGGAAUACAACAGAAUCUCAACCACCCCAACGACCAUGAAGCCGGAAACUCCAAAGGCGACCACUCGACGUUUGUCGAAUUUGGCGCAUGUGGCCGCACGAAGGAACUCUGAUUCCAAUAGCACACAAAAUUUCCCUGAGCUGAUCAAUCAGAUUCGUGCAAAGGCCAAGGAGAAUCGAGGUUUGCUGCCAACCUCGGACCUCUAUGCCCAAGUGGAGCUGUUAGUUUCGGUUCUGGCCACCGUCAGCAAACAAGCCAACCAGGUUCAAAUUACCCUGGCUCAGUACGGCUAGGUUUCACCGUUUCGAAAUCCACGGUGUUUCAGAUGAGCCAAAAAUUCGAUGCAGUUUCACCGCGUCAAGCGCCCUCGAUGCUACACUCGAAGAGUGUUGCCUUGCAUGUCGAACAAGACACGAUUUGACAAGGGUUUGCCAAA